UGAAACAAAGCUAGGAGACUCUGUGUCUGGUGAAGUUGGGGCCGGGGGGCUGGGGUGGGUGCAGUGCUCCUCUCUGCCUCCUACCCAUCUGAGGAACUGCCCUCCACCCAGGGCCAGCAGGCCGUCAGGCUUACAGAGGCCAGAGGGUCUCCCAGCGACUUGUGGACUCUGGUGUGAGUCUGGCAGGAUAACCCAGUCCCCAGGAGGGCAGAGGCCAGGCGGGCGGGUUCCCCUUUCCCCAGCUGGGCCGCUGCCCACCCAGCGGACAGGGCCCCUGGGAGACUCCUGCCCCCUCCACCCUUAUAAAAGCACGCCAAGAGCCCCGCCUGGGUCAGUGUCUCAGCCACAGCGUCUUCACCAUGCACAGCUGGGAGCACCUGGCAGUUCUGGUCCUCCUAGGAGCGGUCGCCUGCGCCCCUCCAGGCGGGCAGGAACGGGGUGUCUCUCCUCACCAAUGGAAGGCUCUGAACGCUGAGAAAUUCUAGAAGAUUCGGAUUGGAAAUUGGCACUUUCUGGAAUCAGCUUUUCUUGCAGACAGAGUCUGGAUGUCUGCGUGGAAAACGGUUCUGCCUGGCUGACUGGGCUGGCCCCGGCACUGCAGCUCAGCCCCGCGGUCGGAUCCUGGGCGGCAGAGAGGCCGAGGCCCACGCGCGGCCCUACAUGGCGUCGGUGCAGGUGAACGGCGAGCACCUGUGCGGCGGCGUCCUGGUGGCCCAGCAGUGGGUGCUGAGCGCGGCGCACUGCCUGGAGGACGCGGCCGACGGGAAGGUGCAGGUUCUCUUGGGCGCGCACUCCCUGUCGCAGCCGGAGCCCUCCAAGCGCCUGUACGACGUGCUCCGCGCAGUGCCCCACCCGGACAGCCGGCCGGACACCAUCGACCACGACCUCCUCCUGCUGCAGCUGUCCGAGAAGGCCACGCUGGGCCCUGCUGUGCGCCCCCUGCCCUGGCAGCGCGUGGACCGCGACGUGGAGCCGGGCACUCUCUGCGACGUGGCCGGCUGGGGCAUAGUCAGCCACGCGGGCCGCCGCCCGGACCGCCUGCAGCACGUGCUCUUGCCAGUGCUGGACCGCGCCACCUGCAACCGGCGCACGCACCACGACGGCGCCAUCACCGAGCAUAUGAUGUGCGCGGAGAGCAAUCGCCGGGAUAGCUGCAAAGGCGACUCCGGGGGCCCGCUGGUGUGCGCGGGCGUGCUCGAGGGCGUGGUCACCUCGGGCUCGCGAGUUUGCGGCAACCGCAAGAAGCCUGGGAUCUACACGCGCGUGGCGAGCUAUGCGGCCUGGAUCGACAGCGUCCUGGCCUAGGGCGCUGGGGCCUGCAGGUCGUGGUCACCCGAGCAAUAAAGUCCUGAGCAAUAAAGUCAUCCACUCCUGCAUCUGGUUGGUCUUUAUUGAGCACCUACUAUAUGCAGAGGGGGAGGCCGAGGUGGGAGGAUCACUGGAUCUCAGGAGUUCGAGAUCAGCCUGGGCCACAUAGCGCGACUCCAUCUCUACAAAAAAAUAAAAGAUUAGCUGGGCA